CAAUUUUUCAGGGACUUUAGCGUUUUUAUCCAUAUAAUGAAAGCAGCCACGGCCACCGGUAUUCUCUUUCUACCUAAUGCUUUUCGUAGAACUGGCUACGUGAUGUCCAUCAUUUGUGGUCUUCUUAUUGGUUUGAUUUACACGCACAAUUCGGUCGUUCUGGUGCAGUGCGCCCAAGAACUUUGCCGACGUCAUCGUUUACCCAAGUUGGAUUUUGCUGAAACCGUAGAGGUCUCAUUUCUUAUGGGUCCCGAGAGAACGCGUAGGCAUGGUUAUAGAAUUUGUUACAAAAAUUACAUUGGACGUACGAGUCUACGUGAUAAUAUUUUGUCCAAUUUAUUGUUUGAUGAUUCUCGUGCCUAA